AUGAAUCUUCGUCAACACUUACAUUCACACUCCAGCCCUUUACGAUGGAACAGCGUGCAAAUCACCUUAAUGAGCACAAGCACUCCAGCCCUAUUGAUACUUUCAAGCUACUUCAUCACAGACGACAAUACUGUAGCAAUAAUCGAGCCGUCACCACAUGGCCAACUCAUUGUCCAUUCACCGGGACAAGUUCAAUGCAAGAGCAAGGAUAAAGCCAGUUUGUUUUCCAACUGCUCAUUCGCCAAACACGCAUGCAGCUGCACACCAAGAGUCUACACAGUGAAAUGCACGUGCUCAAACGGAACAAUUUCUCCAUUUCUACAGAAUGAAUCCAGAAGACUGCCCGUUACAACAAGCCAAGUCGCUAUAAUAAACGAAGAAGGAUCAGUUAUCAAAGCGAAAACCACCAUUAGCUCCGCACUCAUCAUGCAAAUAUCAGCGCAAGGACUCGUAAUGGCGAAUAGAAACAACAACUCCUGUCUCGUAAAAAUGGAAGAACUAUUCGGAUUUUACUCAUGCACACAAGGAGCGACAACAAAAGUUUCCUGCAAGUCCUCCGCCAGCCAAGAAGCUGCACAAAUUCAGUGUGGAAAUUCUAUUAAAUUGGUGAUAUGCACACCAGAUGGACACGAUUUACAGUCACUUUCCACUUCAGCACAUCAAGCAUCAAUAUCAAUUGUACGAUCUGAUGCCCUGGAGGAACUUCAACAGCAGCUUUUCAAGGGAAUUUAG